UAUACUCGUUGUUGGUUGUCAUGCAGGGCGUUUGCAGUGUUGGUUAAGCUGAAGUUAUUUAGGUGGAAAUAUUCAGGAUAUUUGAUAAUAAUUGUGGAAAAAGUGAGCCUAAAAGGAGCAGCUAGUACUAUUUCAAUAAGGUGGCCAGCUUGGCUGGUGAAAACAAAUAGACAUGACCACAGAUAUAAGUAUAGUAAGGUGGGAUCCCACCUUACAGCAGCAAAUCGAAGAGGAUUAUGAAUACGAUGGAGGCAAUUCGUCUUCCAGAUUGUUUGAAAGAUCCAGGAUAAAAGCAUUGGCAGAUGAAAGAGAAAGUGUCCAAAAAAAGACCUUCCAAAAAUGGGUCAAUUCACAUUUAGUCCGCGUCAACUCGCGUAUCGUAGAUUUAUACACCGACCUUAGAGACGGCAAAAAUUUAAUAAAACUCUUAGAAGUUCUUUCCGGCGAACGUUUGCCCCGUCCUACCAAAGGUAAAAUGCGAAUUCACUGCCUAGAAAAUGUCGAUAAAGCACUGCAGUUCCUCAAAGAGCAGAGGGUGCACUUGGAAAAUAUGGGAUCGCAUGAUAUCGUAGACGGCAAUCCUAGAUUGUCCUUAGGUCUGAUAUGGACUAUAAUCUUGCGCUUCCAAAUACAGGACAUUACCAUCGAGGAGACGGAUAAUCAAGAAACCAAAUCGGCUAAAGAUGCCUUGUUGCUUUGGUGUCAAAUGAAAACUGCUGGAUAUCAUAAUGUAAACGUCAGGAAUUUUUCUACAUCGUGGCGCGAUGGUUUGGCUUUUAACGCUCUCAUCCACAAACAUCGUCCAGAUUUGAUACAAUUCGACAAACUAUCAAAAUCCAACCCCAUACACAAUUUAAAUAAUGCAUUCAACGUGGCCGAAGAUAAAUUAGGCCUCACCAAACUAUUAGACGCUGAAGAUGUCUUUGUUGAACAACCUGACGAAAAAUCUAUCAUCACUUAUGUCGUCACUUACUAUCACUAUUUCAGCAAAAUGAAACAGGAAACUGUGCAAGGCAAACGUAUUGGUAAAGUUGUAGGAAUCGCCAUGGAAAACGAAAGAAUGAUAAAAGAAUAUGAAGGUCUCACUAGUGACUUGUUAGCUUGGAUUGAAGCUACCAUUUCAGCUUUGGGAGAGCGCGAAUUCGCCAAUAGCUUAACCGGAGUGCAACAACAAUUAGGCCAAUUCAACAAUUACAGAACAGUAGAGAAACCUCCCAAGUUUGUAGAAAAAGGCAACUUAGAAAUCCUUCUGUUUACCCUACAAUCCAAAAUGAGAGCAAACAAUCAACGUCCCUAUACACCAAAAGAGGGCAAAAUGAUUUCAGACAUCAACAAAGCUUGGGAGAGAUUAGAAAAAUCAGAACACGAACGCGAGUUGGCUUUGAGAGAAGAACUCAUAAGACAAGAAAAACUUGAGCAGUUAGCCGCUAGAUUUAAUAGAAAAGCUAGCAUGAGAGAGACUUGGUUGAGCGAAAACCAACGGUUGGUAUCGCAAGACAAUUUCGGACAAGAUCUUGCAGCCGUAGAAGCGGCAGCGAAAAAACACGAAGCCAUCGAAACCGACAUUUUCGCCUACGAAGAAAGAGUCCAAGCUGUUGUAUCGGUUGCCGCUGAAUUGGAAGCAGAAAACUACCACGACAUGGAACGUAUUAAUGCUAGAAAAGACAAUGUCCUACGCCUAUGGAAUUACCUUCUGGAAUUGCUUAGAGCUCGUAGAAAUAGACUGGAUAUGUCUUUACAACUCCAACAAAACUUCCAAGAAAUGCUCCACAUUUUAGAUGCCAUGGAGGAAUUGAAAGCCAGACUUUUAGUGGACGACUAUGGCAAACAUCUUAUGGGCGUAGAAGAUUUGUUGCAAAAACAUAAUUUAUUGGAGGCUGACAUUAAUAUUCUUGGGGAAAGAGUCAAGGCUGUUGCCAGUCAAAGUCAAAGAUUUGUUGAGGUUGAACAUGAGGAUGCUUACAAACCCUGCGAUCCUCAGCUGGUACUGGAAAGAGUGCAACAAUUAGAAGAAGCCUACGCUCAACUAGUAAGGCUUGCAGUAGAACGCAGAUCCAGAUUGGAAGAAAGCAAAAAGCUGUGGCAGUUCUACUGGGAUAUGGCCGAUGAAGAUAAUUGGAUUAAAGAAAAAGAACAAAUCGUAUCUACCUCAGAUAUCGGACACGAUCUCACUACAGUUAAUCUACUUUUGAGCAAGCACAAGAUAUUAGAAAACGAACUAUCGGCUCACGAACCUCAAUUGGAGAGCGCUUUGAGCGUCGGCGACGAAUUAAUUCAAGGAGGUCACUUUGGCGCUGAAAAAAUUCAAGAAAGGCUAACUGAAAUUAGAGACGCUUGGAAGCAUUUAUUGGAUUUGGCUGCCUAUCGCAGAAAACGUUUGGAAGAAGCUGUCGAUUAUCAUCAACUAUUUGCUGACGCCGAUGACGUGGAUAUUUGGAUGUUAGACACUCUAAGAAUGGUAUCCAGUGAAGACGUAGGUCGUGACGAAGGCAACGCACAAUCACUGCUUAAAAAACACAAAGAUGUUACCGAUGAACUCAAAAAUUACGGCAGUGUUAUUGAUAGUCUCCAUCAACAAGCAGAUGCUUUGGGUGCUGAGGUUGCUAGCUCUCCAGAGGUAUCUCAACGUUUAGCUUCCAUUGACAAUCGUUACAGAGAACUAUUAGAAUUGGCCAAACUCAGAAAACAACGUUUGCUCGACGCUCUAUCUUUGUAUAAACUCUUGUCGGAGAGCGACGGAGUCGAACAAUGGAUCAGCGAAAAGGAUAGAAUGUUGCAAACAAUGAUUCCAGCCAGAGACAUCGAAGACGUAGAAAUCAUGAAACACCGCUACGACGGAUUUGAAAAGGAAAUGAACUCCAACGCUUCUCGAGUAGCCGUAGUCAAUCAAUUAGCUAGGCAAUUGUUGCACGUAGAACAUCCUAACUCGGAACAGAUCACUGCCAGGCAAAAUCAACUUAAUCAAAAAUGGGCUGAGUUGCGCGAAAAAGCCGAAGCCAAACGCGAAGAACUCAAUUCCGCUCACGGAGUGCAAACGUUCCACAUCGAAUGUCGCGAAACGACCACUUGGAUCGAAGACAAAAUCAGAAUUCUACAAGAAACUGACAGUUUGGAAAUGGACCUUACUGGUAUUAUGACUUUACAACGGCGUCUUAGCGGAAUGGAGAGAGAUUUGGCCGCCAUCCAAGCCAAACUCAAUUCCCUUCAAAAAGAAGCUGACAGCAUCGAAGGUGAACAUCCUGAAGAAGCGGCCGUUAUUAGAGAACGCAUCGUACAAAUUCAAAUUAUUUGGGAGAGACUGACGCAAAUGCUCAAAGAACGCGAUGCCAAAUUGGAAGAAGCUGGCGAUUUGCAUAGAUUCCUUCGCGAUUUGGAUCACUUCCAAACUUGGCUCACCAAAACACAAACCGAUAUUGCCUCAGAAGACACUCCCAGUUCUCUAUCUGAAGCCGAAAAACUUUUAUCUCAACAUCAAGCUAUCAGAGAAGAAAUCGAUAAUUAUACAGACGAUUACACAAAGAUGAUGGAAUACGGAGAGAAAAUUACCGCAGAUCCCAGUACUCAAGAUGAUCCUCAAUAUAUGUUUUUGCGAGAACGUCUCAAGGCACUCAAGGACGGUUGGGCAGAAAUCCAUCAAAUGUGGGAUAACAGGCAACACCUUUUGUCGCAAUCGUUGAGCUUGCAAUUACUCGAACGCGACGCCCGCCAAGCUGAAGUCAUUCUUAACCAACAAGAACACACUCUCAGCAAAGACGAAACUCCCACCACGCUGGAGCAAGCCGAAAACCUUCUCAAACGUCACGAAGCAUGCCUGGCCACUAUGGAAGCUAACGAUGACAAAAUCAACAGCGUCGUUGAGUUUUCCAGGAGACUUUGCGACGAAGGCCACUUCGCUUCGGACAAAAUCGGCAAGCGGGCUGAUAACUUGGAUGAGCGCCGUCUUGCCAACAAAGAGAAGGCUCAGGCUCUAUUCGAAAGGCUUCGCGAUCAAUUGGAACUUCAUCAGUACUUGAGGGAUUGCGACGAGCUCGGAGAAUGGAUUCAAGAAAAGCACAUUACUGCUCAAGACGAAACCUACAGAUCAGCCAAAACUGUACACUCCAAGUGGACGAGGCAUCAAGCUUUCGAGGCUGAAAUUGGGGCAAAUAAAGAACGUUUAUUAAAUUUGCAACAUGCUGGUGAAGAGUUAGCCAAAGAGAAACCUGAAUAUGCUAGUGAAAUUUCACCUAAAAUCGAGGAACUAGCUGAUCAGUUUGACGUUUUGGAACAUACGACAAAAGAGAAGGGCGAACGUCUGUUUGACGCCAACCGCGAAGUACUUAUCCAUCAAACCUGCGAUGACAUCGACUCGUGGAUGAACGACCUCGAAAAACAAAUCGAAAGCGAUGACACCGGCUCAGACUUGGCCUCUGUCAAUAUUUUAAUGCAAAAACAACAAAUGAUCGAAACACAAAUGGCCGUUAAAGCUAGACAAGUGGACGAAUUAGAAAAACAAACUAAACAUUUGGAAACUGCCGCUCCAGACAAAGACAUCAACGAAAUUAAAGUCAAAAAGAGCAAAGUCGAACAGAGAUUCGAACUCAUCAAACAGCCUCUUAUCGAAAGACAGAGAAUAUUGGAAAAGAAGAAGGAAGCGUUGCAAUUUAGGCGAGACGUGGAAGAAGAAAUUUUAUGGAUUGCCGAAAAAAUGCCACUAGCCAAUUCCACGGAAUACGGAAACAAUCUAUUCCAAGUCAACAUGCUACAAAAGAAAAAUCAGUCCUUACAAACUGAAGUUGAUAAUCACGAACCGCGCAUCAAUACAGUGUGUAAUAAUGGACAAAAAUUGAUUGACGAAGGUCACGAAGACGCGACAGAAUUCAGCCGAUUGAUUAACGAACUCCACAAGGCUUGGCAAGAACUCAAAGACGCCAUUGACAAACGCAGAGAGAACUUAUUGAGAAAUGAAAGAGCUCAGCAAUACUUGUUCGAUGCUAACGAGGCAGAAAGUUGGAUGAGCGAACAAGAAUUGUACAUGAUGGUAGAAGACAGAGGCAAAGAUGAAACCAGUGCUAGAAAUUUCAUGAAGAAGCACGAAAGCCUUGAAGCUGCAGUAGAAGCUUACGCUGACACGAUUAGAGGGCUCGGUGAAACUGUUAAAGCUCUUGGCGCUGAAGGUCAUCCUUUGGCCGAACAAGUGGCGGUAAAACAAUCACAGUUAGACAAAUUAUAUGCCGGACUCAAGGACUUGGCCCAAGAACGUCGCGCUAAACUAGACGAAGCUUUGCAACUGUUCCUUCUUAAUCGCGAUGUGGGAGAUCUAGAACAAUGGAUAGCUGACAGGGAAGUGGUAGCUUCAUCUCACGAAUUAGGGCAAGAUUACGAUCAUGUCACGCUGCUUUGGGAAAGAUUCAAAGAAUUCGCUCACGAUACUGAAACGAUUGGCAGCGAACGUGUCGCAGGAGUAAACGAUAUUGCUGAUUCGUUGAUCGCAGCCGGUCACUCAGACUCGGCCACCAUUGCAGAAUGGAAAGACGGACUCAACGAAGCGUGGCAAGAUCUUUUGGAACUGAUAGAAACGCGAACCCAAAUGUUGGCCGCCUCGAGAGAAUUGCACAAAUUCUUCCACGAUUGCAAAGACAUUCUAAGUCGUAUUUUGGAAAAGCAAGUGGCCAUGUCAGAGGAUUUGGGCCGCGAUGCCGGUUCAGUGUCGGCUCUGCAACGCAAACACCAAAACUUCAUGCAGGACUUGCAAACUUUACAAAGCCAAGUCCAACAAAUCCAAGAGGAAUCGGCCAAGUUGCAGGCCAGCUACGCGGGCGAUAGGGCUAAGGAAAUUACCAAUAGGGAACAAGAAGUUGUUAAUGCUUGGGCCAAUUUACAACUAGCCUGGGAGCAAAGACGCGGAAAAUUGGCGGACACCGGCGAUCUAUUUAAAUUCUUCAAUUUGGUGCGGACUUUGAUGCAGUGGAUGGACGAUGUCGUGCGACAAAUGAACACCAGCGAAAAACCGAGAGACGUGGGCGGUGUUGAAUUGUUGAUGAGCAACCACCAGAGUCUUAAAGCAGAAAUUGAUGCCCGCGAGGAUAACUUCACUUCUUGUAUAUCGCUGGGCAAAGAAUUGUUGAGCAGACAUCACUAUGCUAGUGCUGAGAUCACAGACAAGCUGGUGGCUUUGAAUAAUCACAGACAGGGUGUUGUGCAAAGAUGGGAGGAACGAUGGGAAAACUUGCAACUAAUUCUGGAAGUGUAUCAGUUCGCCCGAGACGCUGCCGUAGCCGAAGCGUGGCUUAUCGCUCAAGAACCUUAUUUGAUGAGCACCGAACUAGGACACACCAUUGACGAUGUGGAAAAUCUGAUCAAGAAACACGAAGCCUUUGAAAAAUCAGCAGCUGCCCAAGAAGAACGGUUUAGCGCUCUGGAACGGUUGACCACGUUUGAAAUUCGCGAAAUGAAGCGGCGCGAAGAAGCUGAAGCUGAAGAAAGGGCUCGUAAGGAACGCGAAGAAGCUGAAAGAAGAGCAGCUUUAGAAGCAGCUUCAAGACCGAAGGAACCCGAACCUAGUUCAGCUGAUAGGCCUGAUGCAGGUGCGGCAUCUCUAGAAGAAAGACCGGUGCAUGGACGUGCGUAUCUACGACCGCCAACAAUCGGAGGCACUCCAUCGCCCCCUAGGUCUCAGACACUGUCCAGAGCGGAAGAAAAAGCGAAACGCAACAAGGACCGAUCCCGUAGCAAAUCGCCCUUCCGCAGCUUCAGGUGGAAAAAGAGCAGCCCUAAAACUCACUCUGGUGCUCACAGUGAUGACGAGGGGGUUUUGGCCUCUAGACAAGAAGGUUCCAGUCCUGAUGAGGAAGGCUUCGAAGGCCACUUGGUCAGGAAACACGAGUGGGAAAAUACAACUGUCAAGGCAUCUAAUAGAUCCUGGGAUAAGGUGUUUGUGGUAUUGAGAGGCAGCCAAUUAGCAUUUUACAAAGACACAAAAACGGCAAAAACGACGCCAGAUCAAAGAUUCAAGGGCGAAGCACCCUUGCAGCUACACGGCGCCACAGCUUCAAUCGCCAACGAUUACAAGAAAAAGAAGCACGUGUUUAGACUCAAGUUAGAAAACGGCGGUGACUUUUUAUUCCAAGCCCAAAACGAUGCGGAAAUGAGUACCUGGAUUUCGCACAUCAACGCCCACGCCGACACGACAGCUUCGGGGCCAUCGCGGUCUCAAACUUUGCCGGCUUCGGCGCAAAAGGACGACCAGAAACGACGCAGCUUUUUUACACUUAAGAAAACAUAAGACGAGCUCGAGUUAAUUGACAAUUAAGAUUUUAACUGAGCUAUUUUUUCUUCAUCACUAACUUACGCUUUAACUGAUUGAUUUGGGACUCAAAAGGCCCCUUCCACGGAUUUUAUUCUACUCUCUUGUUUUUUCUUUUUGGAAUAGAUUUAUCCUAGAAUAAUAUAUUUUUCUUGUAGUUUGCACAUUUGAUAAGUAAGCAAUUAUUAGAAAUUUUAAAUGUAUAGUACCUAAUUAAUAUGUGAUUUGAUAAUUUUUGGGAAGAAACAAGCCUUAUAUGUAUAUGUAUAGAGAAAUACACUUGUGUAUUUCCCUUAUACACCAAAAAAAAAAACGUCUUGGAUUGGGGUUUUAUUUAAAAUUUAGUUAAAACAAAUACUCUCCUCAGCUAACUAGUAAUAUUACGGUACGUACGCCAGUGUAUUUAUUGCAUUAAUGUAAUAAUCUUCAUGUUAGGCAUGCGCCUAGAAUUGUAUUAUCGUAAGUUAAAAUAGAUUUUGGAAGAUUAGGAAAUUUAAAGUCGCGCCAUUGAUAAUUCAGGAUUUGUAUAGGGAUCAGUGUCGUUCCCUGUAUAUAUUUUAUUUUAUCGAAAGACUAAACGUAAGCCCUAAACACAUAAUAAUUAUAACAACAAUAAUUCUAAUAUUGUAUAUUUAUAUUCAGACAUUGUAUUUUUGUGUUACGAUCUUAUAAAUUUUUUAUUUUCUGUUGCAAUUUAUUAUUAUUAUUAAUUUUAAGGCAAAAAAAAAUGGCUUCGCUUGGCAAGCUAAGGUGACAAGUCAUUAUUAUUAUUUUUAUUAUUUAUAUUGUAUUUACAAUUAAUUUGAAAGUACGUCGUUUAUAUGUAUUUUGUAGAGUUAUGUCUAUUUUACAAUUAUUAAUACUAUGUCGCUUUGAAAAUGGAGUUAUAUUGAAAAAAAUAAAUAUUGUUUUUGGUAAAACUU